GCGGAUGGCCGCCUCCCGCCGGCUCGCGCGGAAGCUUCCCUCCAUCAUCUCCAAGCACCACCGCCUCAUCUCGCCGGAGAUCGAAACCUUGGACACCCUUGAGGAAGACUCCACCUCCCCAGCCUCAAUUCGCCUCGACCCCACCCUGCCGCUCCUCCCGCUCGCCGUCUCCCACCUCUCGCCGCCGAGCCCCCUCCCGUCGCUCCCCUCCGCGCACGCCUCCUCCCCGGCGUCGCUCCUUCGCCUCCUGCGCCGCGCGCGGCACCACCCGCGCCUCGCGCCGCUCGACCUCCACUUCCUCCUCGCGGCCGCCUCCGCCUCUCCAGCCUUCCGCCCCGACCACCGCCUCACGAGCCUCCUCGCCGCGCGCCUCGCUGCCUCCCGCCGCCUCCCCUCCCUCGCACGCCUCCUCCAGCUCGUCAUCUCGCGCCCCUGCCCCUGCGCCGACGACUCCAUCUUCGCCUGCCCCGACCUCCUCCCCACCUUCCGCAAGGCCAUCCUCGCCUUCGCCACCUCCGGCGACAUCCCUUCCGCCUCCUCCUCCCUCGCGUCCCUCCGCCGCGCCGCGGACUCGCCGCUCCCCGCCGAGUUCUACAACAUCAUCCUCCACGCCCUCGCCCGGCUCCGCCGCCACGACGACGCCAUCACCUUCUACAACGAGAUGACCUCCGUCCACCGCGUCGCGCCGGACGCCUACACCUUCAACACACUCCUCAACAGUUCCUGCCACGCGGAAGGCGUGGAUGCUGCCAUGCGGUGGUUCGAGGAGAUGCGGCGCCAAAGCUGCACACCCACUGCCGUGAGCUUCAACACUCUCAUGCGAGGCUUCUUCAGAGAAAGAAGGUACAAGGAGGGCAUCAAGGUUGCUCACGAGAUGCUGCAGCUCGGCGCCGGGCUGUCGGUUGCUUCGAUGGAGAUUUUGGUUGGUGGUUUGUGCCGUGGCGGCGAGGCUUUGAAGGCGGCAGAGGUGUUUGCCGAGUUCUUGGUGGAUGCGGUAGUGCCGGAAGGGUUCGAUUGCCUGGGGCUGGUUGAGUCUCUGUGCCAUGGUGGAAGCGUGGACAAAGCAGUGGAGGUGCUGGAGCUGGCAUUGGAGAAGAACAGGGCAUGCUGUUUGAGUGUCCCUGCUGGCGUAACGGUUUUGGAGUGCUUGCUCAAGUCCGGGAAGCUGGAUGAGGUGUGCCGGCUCAUGGGCAGGAUGGUCGGGGAGGGGGUUGUCCCGGAUACCAUUUCCUGCAACUGUAUCUUUGAGGCACUUUGUGAAGCUGAGAGGACUUCUGAUGCCAACAGGCUGAGGAUACUGGCCAAGGACAAGGGUUUUAAGGCGGAUGGUGUGACAUAUAGCAUGCUGGUGCAGGGGUUUGGUAGGGAAAGGAGGAGGAAGGAAGGCGAGGCUGUGUUGGAUGAAAUGCUUGAUUUAGGGUUUAUACCAAACAUUACAGCUUACAAUAGGCUUCUUGAUAGCUUACAUAUGCGGAGAUCUUUGCAAUAACGAGCGACCUUUUCUAGGCAUGUGUAUGCUCGAAACUUGUUUAAGACACAUAGAACCAUCAAAUUGGAAGCAUACCACCGACUUGGUGCUUAGAAUCAGUGCCCACACAAUUUGGAAUAACAUGCAACAGAACACGGGAUGGAUGACAGAUGAGACCAGUGGUGUUGUUAAUUGCGCGGACAAAAGGUGCACAGUUCCAAGGUUUCAAAUGAGUUCCAUUGGCAACUGUUAAUGGAAAAUGUGGGGAAGCUCAUAAGAGAAGCUGAUGGAUACCAGGCUCACGUGAUGGCUCCAAAGCAAGGAUAUUGACUCUUCAUAGAGUCUUGACCUGUUAGUAUCCUGUUGACACGGUAUGGUAACAUUUAUCUUUGAUGAUAACUUUAUGUAAAAAGUAUCUCUGUUUAACCAUUCCUAAUACGGCAUGUCUUUUUCACUUGUGUUGGAAAUGACAUAGUCUUUGAAUUGAAUUGAGUGAUGCAAUAAGAACAACACAGGUGACUGCAUUGCACAUGGAUCAGCUGCCAAUAUGUGAAAGUAGUAAUGUGAUUCUCAGUUCCUGAAAUCAUAAUCUGAAUCCCCUCUUAGAUUCUAUACAUUUGGCUGGUCCGCUCAUCUCACUCUUAACCUAUCAUUAUCAAAUGAGGUCGG